AAUUGUAGUAAAUUACAGGGCGGGAGGAUCGGCUGUGCUGGUAAUGAAGCCUGAUAUCUUAUCAACAGAGAGAGAGGCUAAUUCAGAGUGAGGCUGAGCACAAGUGAACUUCGACAGUAACAAAAAAAACAAAGGGAGCAGACCUGGAGUGGCUGUCAAUGUAACCUGACUCUGAGUGUGAGUGUGGAUAUUUGGAAGAAGAAACAUACUGACCAUCUUUAUAAACAACAAGACACAUUUGGAGUCUUCACAUCCAGAGUGCAGAAGAGCCAAGACUGAGUCACGACUGCAAGGGGCCCGACCAUGUCUUGUGGGUGGUUCCACAGAGACAUCACAGGCCUGCAGGCCGAGGAAAUGCUCAAGAACCGAGGCAUACAUGGCAGCUUUUUAGCCCGACCCAGCAAGAAAAGUGUGGGAGAUUUCUCACUGUCUGUCAGGGUGGCCGAGCUGGUGACCCACAUCCGCAUCCAAAACACAGGAGACUUCUACGACCUAUACGGUGGGGAGAAGUUUGCCACCCUGUCUGAGCUGGUUGAGUACUACACGGCAGAGAACGGCAUCCUGCAGGACAAAGAUGGCACCGUCAUCGAGCUCAAAUACCCCCUGAAUUGCUCUGACCCCACCACAGAGAGGUGGUACCACGGUCACCUGUCCGGGCCCAAUGCAGAGAAACUGCUCGGUGCUCGAGAUGAUCCGGGGACAUUUCUCGUCCGAGAGUCGCUGUCCAAACCUGGAGACUUUGUUCUGUCGGUUCUGACAGACGAGAAGAGCAAAAGCGGAGGAAAGAGGGUCUCCCACAUCAAGAUCAUGUGUCAGAACGACAGGUACACAGUGGGAUGUUCAGAGUUGUUUGACACACUGACAGACUUGGUGGAAUAUUACAAACGCAAAGGCAUCGAGGAGAUGUCGGGGAACUGGGUGCAUUUAAGACAGCCGUAUUACUCCACCAGAGUGAACGCAGCAGACAUCGACAACAGAGUGAGACAGCUGGAUGAGACCGCACAGCAGCUGAAGGAGGGCGAGGGAGAGAAGAGCAAGGCGGGCUUCUGGGAAGAGUUUGACGCUCUUCAAAAGUUGGAGGCGAAGGUGAAAAAGAGCCGAGAGGAGGGCCAGAGGCCUGAAAAUAAGAGCAAAAACAGAUACAAGAAUAUUCUUCCCUUCAAUGACACCAGGGUGAUCCUGCAGGACACUGAUCCUGAUGUCGUAGGUUCGGAUUACAUUAAUGCCAACUACGUGAGAAACACCCUGUGGGAGGCCGCAGAUCAGAAAGUUUACAUUGCCACCCAGGGAUGCCUUGCAACAACUGUCAACGAUUUCUGGAAGAUGGUUUGGCAGGAGAACACGAGGGUGAUUGUCAUGACAACCAGAGAGGUGGAGAAAGGCCGGAAUAAAUGUGUGCCGUACUGGCCCGACCCUGAGAGCUCCAACGAGUUUGGUCCAUACGUGGUGAUGUGUCAGUCAGAGAGGGAAGCUGCAGAUUACAAAGUCCGAGUUCUGGAGAUGGCUCCUUUGGACAAGCCUAAACAUUCUCGUACCAUUUGGCACUAUCAGUACAUGAGCUGGCCUGACCAUGGCGUCCCUCAGGAGCCGGGUGGCGUCCUCAGCUUCCUCACUCAAGUGAACACCAAACAGGCUGAAUAUCCCGAUGCUGGACCCAUGAUCAUCCACUGCAGCGCUGGGAUUGGUCGAACAGGCACCAUCUUGGUGAUUGACAUGAUCAUCGAGACCAUUGACACUAUUGGUCUAGACUGUGACAUUGACAUCCCCAAAUACAUCCAGAUGGUGCGAGAGCAGCGCUCUGGCAUGGUGCAGACAGAAGCUCAGUACAAGUUCAUCUAUCUGGCUGUUUCUGAGUACAUUCAGACCACCAAGGCCAAAGACUGUGCUUACAUGGAAGCUGACACAGAGUAUGGAAAUCUGCAACUCAAACACCAACCAGCCAGCAGGAAGGUCUCAAAAAACACAGAGGACGUUUACGAGAAUCUGUCCAAAGGAAAGAAGGAUGUGAAGAAGCAAAAGUCAGACAAGAAAAGUGGCUCAGUGAGGAAAAGAUAGAAGACUGAGCAGAUUUACCAAAGUACGUCAUGUUUUAUAUUUAUGCAGGCACUGUUCUGUGGAGGCUUUUAUUUGAGUGGGAAAAUACCCCCCAAAUAAGGUGUGAAAUCAGAGAAACGAUAAUGUGAUGUCUUCUGAAAUGUCCCAUGAAUGCUUGGAUGCAUUUGUUGAAAAUAAAGCCUUCCUUGUUGCAAA